AUGGAUAGUCUUAAAUUCGGCAAAUAUGUUGGUAGGGAUCGAUAUGGAAAUAAAUAUUAUGAAAAUCCAAGAUAUUUCUUUCCAACAAAUAGAUGGGUUGUGUAUGCUGAACAUCAUGGUCUAAACUAUGAUGCAUCUCAGGGUUCUCCCGAGUGGCAAGGCUGGUUACAUCAUCGUACAGCAAAUCCACCAGAAUCCGAUAAUUUACCCCAUUGUUAUUCGUUAGAACAUAACGAAAAUAAAACAGGAACCAGAGACCAGUAUUAUCCAUAUUCUACAACCAGGCCUAAGAUUUUGAUAUGGACUCCUCCUAAACCUGUUGAACCUAAAUGCAAAAAGAAUGUAUAA